UGCUUCUCUAAGCUCAAGGCUUAAUUGCAAUAUAUUCCUUCUCAAGUUAGGGAGUGCCGCUAUUGUAAGCAGAGACCCUAACCUUCAGUGGGACAGUGAUUAUGUUAAGGAGCCUUAGCUGAGAAGAGGAAGAGGAUGAAGCUGAUCUUCCCCCUCCUCUGCAUUGGGGCACUCAUGGAACCAGGGGCAUCUUACCGGCCCUACAUCCACCCUUUUAGUCUGGUUAGCUGUAAUCAAUUGACCUCUUCGGUGGAGAUCGAUGGGAACGAGACGACCUUGCCCGGAGUGGUUGAAGUUAAUGCCAACCAGGUCAACGGCUCCAAGGGUGCAUGGUGGGAUGAGGAGGAGAAGGAGGAACAGGUGCAGCCCAGCCGCAGUAAGAGGAGAUAUUUAUCCAGUCUCCAGGCCGCUCUGGGCACUUCCUGGUUCUCUCGCUGGAUGUCGCGGGAGAGGUCGGGGGCCACGGUGCUCUCCCCUCCGUACCUCCACAUGGUGCUGGCCAGUCUUUUAGUGGGUGCGGAGGGGUCAACCGCUGACAAAUUCCACGACGUUUUGGGCCUCUCCGACAGCAGCUGUGGAGAGAUCAGGGACAGCCAGCGCUCCCAGGACAUGCAUCAGCAAUUCCGGCUGCUCCUGCAAGACAUCCUCUCCCACCAGCGCGGCUCCCUGUCUACCGGCACCUGGAUGGUCUUCCAGGAGGGCCUGAGGCUUCACCACAGCUUCGUCCAGAGCCUCCGACUCUUCUAUCCUGAGGUGCAGCUGGGAAGUGCCAACUUCAGCCAGCCCCGAGUGGUUGAAAAGUCAAUCAACAGCCUCGUCCACAGAGCAAGUGGGGGCCGGCUGGACAAUCUAGUGGCCGGUCUAGUGACUCCCCGCACCAACCUGCUGGUGGCCAGCUUUAUUCACUUUAAAGGAAGAUGGAAAACCAGAUCUCAAUGCCACGGGACAGAACUUCAAGAUUUCUUCAAUGAUGCGGGGGACAAAGUCAAAGUACCUAUGACAAUUUGGUGCGGCCAGCUUCAGUACAAGACUGCUCCCGAAUACACAAUGAUUAAACUUCCACUGAGUGAGACAAUGUAUGUCAUGCUAAUUCAACCGGUUCGACCAGCCAAAAUGAAGAACUUUGAAAGGACCCUGACAACUGACAGAAUCCUGGGCGACUCUCAGACUGGGUUUGUGAAGCUUGUAAUGCCACGCUUUGUGUGGGAAGGCACCUACAACGUGAAAGAGUUGUUCAGCCAGGAUCCAGACAUGCUGGGUGGUCAAGCCAACUUCUCCAGGAUAAGCAGUGCCCAACGGCUGGUGCCAGAACAGGUUAUACAAAGCAUUAUUUUUGAAGUCAUGGAAGAUGAGAGAGAGCAAGUCAUUGCAGAAGAUCUCUCAGUCACCAACACAACCACAGAGAUUCGAAUAGACAAGCCAUUCUUUUUCCGAGUUUACGAUGGGACAUUGGAAAUGUUGCUGUUUCUUGGCAGAGUAAAGAAACUUCCUUUAAAAUCAGAAUUAAACAUAUUUUAAUAUA